AGUUUUCGAAAACGUGUCUCGGAGAUAAGUCCCUCUUUCCUGGCGUACUUUCGCCGAUCCUGGGAUAAGUGCAGCGAGCGCUGGAGUAACUAUGGCCGUCGGCAACGAUUUACUGCUGGCAACACCACGGCCAACCGGAUUGAGUCUAGUUGGGGGCAGAUUAAACAACUUCUCCGAAAAAAAGUGAGCAUGGACAAGUGUUUGAAAGUUAUCUUUCAGCAUCAGGCAUUGGUCUUG